AUGAGAGGGCAGUUAAUAUGCUUCAAGAGGUCUUUUUUUGGAUCGUCAAAACCACAGACAUACAGUAUCACGCGAGUUCUUAAGGGGUCGCCUCUGCAACUCUACAAGAUAGUCAGUGAAGUCAACAAUUACAAAAAUUUUGUGCCAUUUGUUGAAGAUUCGUUUGUUUCCAGCAGAGAUGAGCAACAGCAACCUACCAGAGCAGGUUUAAAAAUUGGAUGGAAAGAUAUUACGGAAAAGUUUGAAUGCAUGUUGACAUGCAAGGAGAAUGAAAGAGUCCACGCGAGGAGUGUCGAAUUGGACUUAUUUCACGAGUUGGAAACAGAAUGGAAGUUUAGAGAUGCAAAUGGAGAUAAAUGUAGAGUAGAUUUUACAUUGUUGUACAAAUUCAAGAACCCCUUGUAUGAUAGGCUUAGCUUCAUGUUUGCUCCACAAGUAACAAACAUCAUGAUUGGUGCUUUCGAAAGUAGGCUUCAACAGUUGAAGAGACAAUCACAUAGAGUACAAAAGUUGUAG